AUGGACAGCAGUCAGAUCGUAGCUCUACAGAAUGCCCUGCCUGUGUCAUCAGAAUGUAAAGUUUCAGAUAUGAAAGAUUUCAUUGUCUACCAUGUGGAAGUGCUUCAGUGUCCAUGCAGCACUGCACGAACAGCCAGCAUAAAAGAGAAAGUCCUGGAAUUGUUGCAUGCAAAGAAGACAGCUUUUGGGGACUUUGUGAUAAGAGAUUUCCAGGACACGUUUCUGUCUCAUAAUGUGGAGUAUGUGGCCCUGUGUGAUAGUGAGAUUCCAGGGGUGGAAAAGAAGGUGAUUGACCUAACCUCCUGCAGCCUUCAGAUUCAUGUUUUUCAAGUGCACACAGAUGGAGCAGGCACAGAGGAACUUGAUGAUGAUAACAUCUCUGCCGCCAGCCAUUGGCUGCUGCCAUCCGCAGAUUUUAAUGGGCUGUGGGAUACGCUGGUCUAUGAUGAUGCUGUCAAACUCAGGCUGCUGAACUAUGCAACAACAACACUGAUGUUCUCAGAAAAGCAUGUUGACAGUAAUGUGAUUACAUGGAACAGGAUAGUCCUUUUGCAUGGUCCUCCAGGCACUGGGAAGACCUCUCUGUGUAAAGCUUUGGCCCAGAAACUCUCCAUUAGAUUCUCUGAGCGGUACACACACGGCCAGCUGGUAGAGAUCAACAGCCAUAGCCUGUUUUCCAAGUGGUUUUCUGAGAGUGGCAAGCUGGUCAUGAAGAUGUUUCAGAAGAUACAGGAGCUCAUUGAAGAUCCAGAAACUUUAGUCUGUGUUCUUAUUGAUGAGGUGGAGAGUCUAACAGCUGCCAGGAAAAGUUCCAUGAAUGGCAUUGAGCCAUCAGACGCUAUCCGGGUGGUCAACGCGCUGCUGACCCAACUGGAUCAGAUCAAGAGACACCCAAAUGUAUUAAUUCUAACAACAUCAAAUAUAACCGGAGCGAUAGACCUUGCAUUUGUUGAUCGUGCUGACAUCAAGCAGUAUAUUGGGCCACCAUCGACUAGAGCGAUCUACACCAUCUACAUAUCUUGUUUAAGGGAACUUAUGAAGUGUGGCAUCAUCAGUCCCACUCAUCAGUUGAUAGACAUCCGGGCACUUGAGGUGACCAGGUUUAUGGAAAACAGCGCCACCUUCAGCAGUCUUAAGCUCUACAACAUUGCCAAAAACAGUGAAGGCUUGAGUGGCAGGACCUUGAGAAAGCUUCCAUUUAUAGCCCAUGCUUUGUUUUUGCAAGGCUGCCCUGUGACUUUGGAGUCUUACUUGGAAGCACUGUCAGUAGCAGUAGAGAGACAGUUCCAAGAACAGCGAGAUCUGAUGAGGGACUGA